AUGGGGGAGGGUUUGGAGCUUAUAUUACUCUUGAAUGGAGAAAGGAUUACAAAGAGGAAUACUCAAAGGAUGAAUGCAGUUGAAGAUUGUAUAUACCAUAAGUUCAGUGGGAGUAAGCACAUUUUCCUGGUCUUGUAUGUUGAUGACAUAUUGAUUGCUAGUUAUGAUAUAGGUUUAUUGCAUGAAAUCAAGAGAUUUCUAUCGAACAAGUUUGAAAUGAAAAAUCUUGGUGAAGCAUCCUUUGUAUUAGGAAUUGAGAUACAUCGAGAUCGUUCUCGAGGUAUUCUUGGAUUAUCACAAAGGAACUAUAUCGAAAGGAUUCUCAAAAGGUUUGGCAUGCAAGAUUAUAAGCCAGGUGAUAUCCCUAUGGCUAAAGGAGACAAGUUAAGUCUCGAUCAAUGUCCCAAAAAUGAUUUUCAGAGAACAAAACACUGCAUGCUCACAUAUAGGAGGUCAAGUCAUAUAGAGAUCAUUGGGUACUCCGACUCUGAUUAUGAUGGAUGCCAAGACAGUUCUAGAUCCACUUCAGGCUAUGUUUAUCUGCUUGCUGGAUGUGCUAUAUCCUGGAAGAGUUCUAAACAUGAACUUAUAGCAACCUCUACUAUGGAAGCAUAG